UAAAAAUUGUAGUUGCUCUGGAAUGAAUAAUCCCACCACACAAUAAAUAAUACAUCACUCCUCAACUCAAGAUUUUACCUAUCUUUUCCCUCUCUCACAACAUUCUGAAUCGUGCCGAUCCUUUAAAACCGUAGGGUGUUAAACUCCUUCUUCCUCCACCAUGCCUUCGUCUUCUUCCGGCGCUCCUCGUCUUCCUCCACCUACCGUUCCUGCACCCGUUCCUUCUCUCUCCCCUGGACCUGUAAUGUACAAAAAUCGUUUGCAAGAGUUUACAUCAAGAUCAGGCACUGAAGUUCCUAUUUAUCAAACUGUUAAUGAGGGACAGCCGCAUAUUCCGAAGUUUAGGUCGACUGUGUGGGUGGCUGGGAUUAGUUACACCUCUGAAUCUACAUUUUCUCAGAAAAAAGCUGCUGAACAGGAAGCAGCUAGACUUGCUCUGGAAACUAUCCUUCAGAAGACCAGAGAAGAAGGACCCUCUCUUGUCAGUGAGAUUUCUCCGUUAUGCAAGUCUAUAAUAAAUGAAUAUGCUGCUAAGUUGCAUAUUGAGGGACCUUCAUACAACACUGUUCAGCAACAAAUAGGAGGUGUCCUUCCGGUUUUUACGUCAUCCUUAGUUUUCAAUGGUACAAGUUACACCGGUGAUCCUGCUAGAACAAAAAAGGAAGCGGAGCAGUCGGCAGCUCAAGCUGCCAUCCUUUCAAUUAUGGGUGAUUCUAACUCAGGAAUUAAGCUCUUCGAAAUAAUUAAGUCAAAGUCUAUAUUUUAUGAUGCAAUCAAAGGAAAGGGUCUAUCUCUGCUACAGGCCAGUGAAGUGUUAUCCGCACCAGAUUCAAAACAUAUCUCUGUUACACCGGAUCCUAAAGAGGCAGCAAUUCCAGAUUCUGUGGCUGAUAAUAGUGAAGUUAAAGUUGAAUGUACUGAGUCUUCUAAAAUUCAUUCUACAUGUCAAAAGCAAGAAUCCUCCCUUCAAGAUACCCUGCCGUUGGAACCAGGUUCAGCAGAUUCCAUUGAUAAUGAUUUAAGCUCAAAAAGGCGGAAGAAAAACAAGAAGAAGGCUAAUAAGAAGUCACGGUUGGAAUCUCCGAUACCGAUUACUGCACUAUGAACCAAGCCCCUCCAUGCACUUCAGUUCCUUGAACCAGGUUCCUCCUUGUUCGGUGGCACAGUUAAAAAAAAAUUGAUGCAAUUCUUGUAUAAGUUUCAAAAUCCAAAGACCAAAGUUCAUGCAGAAAAAACCGUAGAUCUGUGUUAAAAUUCAUCGAGUGUUGUUAAAUUUUUGGUCUAGUGACCUCUCUGCUUUAUUAAGCCUUUUUGGUACUUGUUUUGGCUUUAAGCUUUUGUUGAGAAAGCACUGGUUUACUCUCCUGGAGCUAUUUAACAAUCUUGUACCGCUGACCUGUCUUGACUAGAAGGUAAUUUUAAUAAUUUUUGUAAGACCGUCUAAAAUAUAUUUUAUAUUUUUCUAAAA